AUGGCAGAAGCACUAGCAGCAACUAUUAAAGAGGAUAUCUUGACAUGUAGCAUCUGUAGGGACGAGUAUAAGGACCCCCGUGUGCUGUUUUGCUACCAUACAUUUUGCUUUAGAUGUAUAUCUGGCCAUGCUACGCGCACAUUGACUCCAAACCAGACAUUUCUGUGUCCUAUCUGCAAAGAGAUAAUCCAGAUUCCAGCUGGUGGACUUGCAGAACUCAAAAAGAACUUUGUCUUCUGCAGGACCAGGGACAUCAUCACCCAGCAACUAAAUAGAAGGUCAUUGACAGAAGAACAGACCAUUGCAGCAGCAGUGACACGGGUCAGUGCACAAAAAACCAGUAAAUGUGAGAAGCAUCCCAAUAAUGAAUUAAAAUUUUACUGUGAAGAUGAUGAUUCUGUUGUAUGUAGUGAAUGUGCAGCAUCAGAUCAUUACAGACAUGGUAUUGUGCCAGUUGAAAAAGUUGCAAAAUACAAUAGAAAUAAAAUUAAAGCUGCUCUCGUGAAAACCAUGGAAACGACGAACAAGUUCAAAGAGGCAGUUGCCAUGGAAACAGCCAAUGAAACAGAGGACACUCAUAUCAUGACUACCACUAUCGAUGAAAUUGAAAACCAGGCACGGCGCAUUGUUCAACAUAUUCAUGAGAUGAAAGAAACUCGAAUAUUGGAUGUAAAGAAUGAAAUCAAAUUCAAAAGGAAGCAGGAGAAAGCAAAUAAGGAGACCCUUCAGGUCCACCGUGCCUCCCUGCAAAGUGCCUGUGACUUUGCUCAGCAACUGGUUACAAAUGGCACUGACUCUGAUAUCAUGGCUCACGCAAUAUCUUUGAUAAAAAGACCGGCAGUGAUGGAGAAAACACCUGUUCCAACUCCAGACACACUGGCACAGAUAUCCUACAGCCCUGGUGAAAUAUCUGCUGCUGGACUGGAGGCCAUGUUAGGACAGGUGACAGUACAGUCACAACUUCCAUUAGAUGGACAGGAAACAAACCCUGUUUUCUUAGAGACUGCAGAAUGUGUGCGUUCAUUCAGUUCUAAACUGAAGGAUGAUAAAGAUAUCAACAUAUUUGGAUUAGCCUUGGAUUUGGGACAUGUGGUUGUUGCUGAUAAUGAAAACGACAGAACAAAAACAUUCACAGAUGAGGGAGAGUUUCAAUUUGACAUUAAACUAGACAGACCAUUUGAUGUGGCUGUGUCACAGACUGGCCACCUGUAUAUAACAUCAAAAGGUGAUGAAUGUGUCAAAGUGUACUCCGCCAGAGGUCAGCAGGUGACAACCAUGGGUCAGGAUCAACUUGACACGCCACUUGGUAUCGCAUUGAACAGACAAGGCCAAGUGAUGGUCUGUGAUGGCGAAGUAAAAUCUAUAUUCACAUUCCAAGCAGACAGUGGACAGCUUCUGGACACCAUGUCACUCAGUAUGUGUGAAAAUCCCCGGUAUAUCACAGUGAACAGAUUGAAUUAUACUCUUGUGAUAUCAGACAAUGUCCAACACUGUGCACAUGUGUUGUCACCUACUGGUGAUCAGCUGUACCAGUAUGGCGGCACACGAGGCAGUGGUGAUGGUCAGUUGGCUGGACCAUGUGGAGUGUGCACAGACCGCUAUGGUCACAUCUUCAUUGCUGACUGUAAUAACCACAGGAUAGUGGCACUGAGUCCACAGGGGCAGUUUAUCAGAUACGUUGCCACUAGGGAUGAUGGGUUAGAGGCUCCAAAAGCAUUAGCCAUCAACUCUGUCGGCCAGCUGGUGGUGGCAGAGGCAGAGGGCAAAAUUAAGACAUUCCAGUACUUACAGUAA